GUAGAACAAGGCAGGAGAAUCGUAUAUCAUACGCAUUCCAUCGCAUUCCGUCGCAUUUCGUCGCAUGUCCUGUCGCAAUCUCUCACUACUCAUCGUGCGACGCCAUGCACAGCACGGCCGCCACCACUUCGUCCCUGCGUCCUCUCCUUCUGCCCCGCCAUUGCUCCUCGAACUUCCCGCCCCGUCGCCAUCCUAGACUGUCCUUCUCACCCGCGCUUACUCGCUGCUGCCAGCCGUCCUCUGCGCUUGCGACACGUGUCACUCCGGUCUCUCUGAGACGAGGAUGUAAUGAAGCCGCCAAGUUUUCCUCCGCUCGGCGCGUCAAUGCCUGCGGCGUGACUGCCUUGCGGCCAUUCGCUCCUGCCGCCGUGAAUCGCGCUGCUAAGCUGGCAUGCGUGUGUGUAACGAAUGGCUGGAGAACGCGUGCGGUGAGGGAGCCGGCAGUUGCGGGAGAGAGGACAGGAGAGAGCGCGGAUAGCGAGGAUGUGGAGAAGGCGGGGAAUGGGGAGUUGCACGGAGAUCCUGAUGGAUUGGUGGCGCGGGGGGAAGGGGAUGGCGCGGAAGGGGGAGGGGCGGAUGGGGAGGAGGGCAGGGAUAUGGGUGGUGUGGCGGGGACGGGAAUCGGGGGGGAGGGUGGAGCGACGCUGGAAGGUGUGGUGGGGGAUAUGCUGCCCCCAUGGCUGCUGGACAGGGCGUGCGAACUAGGGUUUGAGCGGCCCACGGAGACGCAACGGCAGGCACUGCCUGUGCUGCUGAGGGGGCAUGACGCCAUCCUUCAUGCACAGACGGGGUCGGGCAAGACGGUGGCGUUUCUGCUGCCGCUGCUGGCGCGCAUUGACCCCUCGCGCAGGGCGCUGCAGGCCAUGGUGCUGCUGCCCACGCGCGAGCUCGCCAUGCAGGUGGGGCGGCUGGCUCGCAGACUGGGGGUGGUGCGGGGGCGAGCAGAGGGCGAGGAGGAUGGGACUGAGGACGAGGAGGGGCAGGGGAUGGACGGGGGAAGCUUUGAAGGGGAGAGGGAGGGGAGGAGGGGAGAGGAGCAGCAGGGGCGGAGAGGUGAAAAGGAAAGGAAGGGGAGGCAGAUGGGCGAGGGGAAGGGGAAGGAAUGGAGGGGAGGGAGUGGCAGGCGAGGGGGCAAGGGGGGCCGAGAGAGGGUUGGUGUGAUGGUGGUGGGUGGGGAUGGGGAGUCCAACAAGCCCACCAGGAGACAGAGUGUCUGGCUCAAGGCGGAGCCCCCCCACGUGCUGGUGGGCACACCCGACGCCAUUCUCGCCCUGCACCGCCGCCACCCACUCACCCUGCACUCACUGUGCUUCCUCGUUGUCGAUGAGGUGGAUGCAGUGUCGGUGUCGUCCAAGCUGUCGGGCUCCCAGUCCCUCCACAAGCUCAUCUCGCUCUGCCCGCCGCCCCACCAAGAAGCACAUGCCGGCCACCCAGAGAGAGGGAGGGCAGCAGGCGAGGGUGCAGGGGUGUGGCAUAGAGGGAAGGAGGAGGGGAGUGGUGCGGAGAGGAGGGGGGAGCGGAGGGGAAGUGGGGGGGGGAGACAGACAGUGCUGGCCACGGCGACUGUGCCACAGGCGAAGAGGUUUAUACGCGAUGUGAUUCAUUGCAAGUGGGUCAACGAGUCGGUGGUGUAUGUGCAUGUGCACUCCACCAUGCCACCAGGCCUCAUUCAUCGAUAUGCCACAUGCUCCUCCCCUUCUAAGAAGCUUCCUCUGCUGCUGGCUCUGCUAAAGGCUGACCGCCCCACUGCGGCCAUGGUGUUUGUCAGGCCACUGAGUGACAAGGAGUGCAGUGCGGGCAAGGAGAGUCCAUGCCGCAUGGUUGCCUCGUUCCUCUCCUCCAAUUUUUGUGCCAAUCAGCCACUCAUCAGUGGCCCUGCUGCCCACACUCAUGCUGCUGCUGCGGCUGCUGAGGAAGAGGAGGAGGGGGAGGAAGUGGAGGCAGCCAUGUCGCAUCAAGGCACAGAGACUGCAAGUGCUGGGGGGCAGGGCAGCAUUGAGGAGCCUCUGGUGUGGUGUCUGGAGGCGGAGGGCAAUGUGCAUGCACGUACUAACACCCUUGAGGAGUUUCGGUCUUCGUCGUCUCCUCAUCGCGUCAUGGUAACCACUGACUUCGCAUCUCGAGGCCUUGAUAUUCCUGCCGUGUCGCAUGUCUACAACAUUGACUUGCCGGCAGACACUGUCAUCUACACACACCGUGCUGGCCGCACAGGAAGGGACCCAUUUGGGGACCAAGGGGGGAUUGUAACGUCAGUCGUGGGAAAGGCAGAGGUGUUUGCUGUUGAACGCAUUGGCAAUGAGCUGAACCUUGGCUUUGAUGUGCUCUGUGAUUCUUGAAGUAUGUGGGCUUUGUCCUGCAUCCAAUCAACUAGAAAUUGGAUGCAAACUCGUCUUACCUAUGCCUCCCACAUUUCUUAUUCUCUGGAUCUCAGUUGCGCGGGUGUCAAGCCAUGGGGCACAGCAGCAGCAAUAUGCAGGGCUUGGUGUUUUGGGGUCUAGUAGUAUGGACGGAACAUCAUGGCCUUGCUUACACUCAGUCAUAGGCUUCCUGUUGUGGUGAAAGGUCAUAUUGACGUAAAACUCAGUCAGGAAUCACAGAAUGUAGCACAC